CCGUUCCGGGUUUUACCCAGCUCUCCCCGCCGCAGUGGGAGGAAGUUGAAGCACAAAGCCAGCAGAGCCACUGAGCUACAGAAAAACACAGAAAAUACACCGAAGACGAGGACUUGAACUCUAAACAUGUGCCAUAUUGGAGCUGGAGCGGCUUAACCGAACAGGAGCUGGGACAGUAUCGGCUGACAAGGCGCUCCGAGGAGGCAGCGGACGGUCGCUACUUCUCUAGCCGGAGUGUGGGCUCUCCAGCGCGGAUAGCCUGGCAGGCAGGAGUCGCUCUCUCGCUCCGGGGCUGGAGACGGAACCCUCGGCUCCCCUCGCUGUUUUUUUUUUAUUUCGCCCCUCUUGUGUGGCCAAUCUACAAGAAACCCAGCACCAGCACAUCAUCGAGUCGGUGUUUACCACGACACACGGUGGCUACUUGUGUUGUCUCGUCAUUUAAAGACAGUUUACACCGAAGAGGAGAAAGUUUAAGAGCCCGCCGGAGCUGAUUUCAUCUCCCGGCGCUCCCUCCCCCUCCUCUUCCUCCAUCACCAGCGUCACCAUCAGCCCACAGUCAGUCGCUCUGUGCUGGCUCUCCAGGCGAGGAGGGUCCCCCCCUACAGUCGGGGUAACUCAACAAGCAAACUAUGGAUUAUUCUGUGCGAUUUGCUCUCUGUUUUUGACGCCAUUCUGGACUCUUUCUGUCAUUUUUCUUGCUCUCGGAAACGCUGCAAGACUUCCCUAAAAACCCGACUCUCCGCCGCUAGCUUAUUAACUCAGUCUGAAACCGAGCCAGGGUGGCUGUUCAGCCCGCCAGCUCCGUGUGAGUCUGCUAGCUGCUGCCAACGAGGGUAUUUUUACGUAUCUGCGAGAGUGAAAUGCUCCAAACUAGAUGUAUAAAUAGAUUAAUCACUCUUAUUCGGUAGUUAGCCUACUGGGCUAGCAGGUUUCAUUUUGCUAGCUAGCGGCGGCGGCUAACUAACUAGCAGGCGAACCCCAAACAUCGAUAUUCCCAGCAGGCUAAACUAGUUAGCUUCGUGGAUUUUGCCGUGCGAUUAGUUGAUCACAGCCUCUAUCUCGGGCUAAACAGCUUAAGGUGUUUAAUGACAUCAAUUCGGCGGGGUUUGAUGUUGUGAUUGAUUUAAGGACAGGAAGCCAGGCAGCAACACAAACAGCAGCAUUUGGUGUGUAGAUGUCCAUGGAGCUGCUCUCCAACCAGAGCUGUUGCUCUUAUUUGUGCUGAGACAUUUACAUUUUUUUGGUGCACCAGCUCGGAUAUGAAGUGGCACCUCGGUUAUUAAUCCUCCCUUUUUCUGAGACACGUCCCCUUGUUUUAUUACUGCAUUUUUUUUUUUUUUUUUUAAAGAAGGAGCCAGUCACAUUUCCACUCUGCAACUAAAAUUAGAACAUUUUUUUUUCUCUUCUCCGACAGUGUUUACAUUUUAAGGGGAAAAAAGACCCCGAAACACAUGCCGCACUGGAGACAAACCAGCCGUUUGGACACAUUUCCAUCAAGAGGGACCAGGAAAGAGGAAGAAGAAGAAGUCCCCAGAGACCUGUAGGAUUUGACAGCUGUCUCCAGAUCCAGCAUCUGGUGCAUCUACCUAUAUCUCCGUGAGACAUAUCACAUUUCUAUAAAGCAAGGAAGGAAGCAAAGCAAGGGAGGAAGUACUAGAUCCUUUCUUUGCAUUAUUUUUUUUGCACUAAAUGGGAUUACAAGGACGGUGUUCUGUCUAGCGGCCCUGCUGACUGUAUAUUUCCCGAGUCACCCAAUGUCUCCCCUCCUGAAUUUCCCUUUUUCUGUCACAAUGAUGGUAGUUUGAGACUACAACCGGAGACAACGACACCAUUCCAGUCGAUGGUCAGCCCUGCCGCCCGUUCAGCUGGCCCUGUCACGCUACCUUGGCGCUUGAUGGUGCUCACAUCUGGUGGAGGACAUUGUUUUUUUUAAUUCCCUCAAAUUAAAAAAAAGAAACCCCAUCCCCAGCCCGGUUAUUUUAUUGAUUUGGUCGUCCCAGGGUCGAAAGAUGGCGGACCUCGAAGCAGUUCUCGCCGAUGUCAGUUAUUUGAUGGCGAUGGAGAAGAGCAAAUCUACUCCAGCGGCCCGGGCGAGUAAGAAAAUCAUCCUGCCGGAGCCCAGUAUUCGCAGUGUGAUGCAGAAGUACCUCGAGGAGAGAGACGAACUGACAUUUGACAAAAUUUUCAACCAGAAAAUUGGCUUCCUACUGUUCAAGGACUUCUGUAUGAAUGAGAUCGACGAGGCCGUGCCACAGCUCAAGUUCUACGAAGAAAUUAAGGACUACGAGAAGCUGGACUCAGAGGAGGAGAGGCUGAGCCGCAGCCGGCAGAUCUACGACGGAUACAUCAUGAAGGAGCUGCUGUCCUGUUCACAUCCUUUUUCUAAGAAAGCAGUGGACCAUGUGCAGAGUCACUUAGCAAAGAAACAGGUUCCCCCGACUCUCUUCCAGCCAUACAUAGUGGAGAUCUGCGACAGCUUGAGAGGGAAGAUCUUCCAGAAGUUCAUAGAGAGUGACAAAUUUACUCGUUUCUGCCAGUGGAAGAACGUGGAGCUCAACAUCCACCUGACCAUGAACGACUUCAGCGUGCAUCGGAUCAUCGGCAGGGGCGGCUUCGGCGAGGUGUACGGCUGCAGGAAGGCCGACACGGGGAAGAUGUACGCCAUGAAGUGUUUGGACAAGAAGAGGAUCAAGAUGAAGCAGGGGGAGACUCUCGCGCUCAACGAGAGAAUCAUGCUGUCGUUAGUCAGCACAGGGGACUGCCCGUUCAUCGUGUGCAUGACGUACGCCUUCCACACCCCCGACAAGCUCUGCUUCAUCCUGGACCUCAUGAACGGAGGCGACCUGCACUACCACCUAUCUCAGCACGGCGUGUUCAGCGAGAAGGAGAUGCGUUUCUACGCAGCUGAGAUCAUCCUGGGGCUGGAGCACAUGCACAACCGCUUCGUCGUCUACAGGGACCUCAAGCCAGCUAAUAUCCUGUUGGAUGAGCACGGUCAUGUUCGUAUCUCCGACCUCGGCCUGGCCUGCGACUUCUCCAAGAAGAAGCCCCACGCCAGCGUGGGCACCCAUGGCUACAUGGCUCCGGAGGUCCUUCAGAAGGGGACGGCGUACGACAGCAGCGCCGACUGGUUCUCUCUAGGCUGCAUGCUCUUCAAACUCCUCCGAGGGCACAGUCCCUUCAGACAGCACAAGACCAAAGACAAACACGAGAUCGACCGCAUGACCCUUACCAUGAACGUGGAGCUGCCAGACUCGUUCACUGCAGAGCUCAAAGACCUGCUGGAGGGGCUGCUGCAGAGAGACGUCUCCAAGAGGCUCGGCUGUCAGGGCCGAGGGGCUCCGGAGGUGAAGGAGCAUCAGUUCUUCAAAGGCAUCGACUGGCAGCAGGUCUACCUGCAGAAGUACUCUCCUCCUUUAAUCCCUCCCCGGGGAGAGGUGAACGCCGCAGACGCUUUCGACAUCGGCUCCUUUGACGAGGAGGACACCAAGGGCAUCAAGUUGCUGGACAGUGACCAGGAGCUGUACAAGAACUUCCCGCUGGUCAUCUCGGAGCGCUGGCAGCAGGAGGUGGCGGAGACGGUCUACGAGGCGGUCAACUCGGACACGGACAAGAACGAGGCUCGCAAGAGGGCCAAGAACAAGCAGCUGGGACACGAGGAGGACUAUGCCUUUGGGAAGGACUGCAUCAUGCACGGCUACAUGCUGAAGCUGGGGAACCCGUUCCUCACACAGUGGCAGCGCAGAUACUUCUACCUGUUCCCCAACCGGGUGGAGUGGAGAGGAGAGGGGGAGUCACGGCAAAACCUGCUGACGAUGGAGCAGAUCGUGACGGUGGAAGAGACGCAGAUUAAAGACAAGAAGUGCAUCCUGCUGCGCAUCAAAGGAGGGAAGCAGUUUGUGCUGCAGUGUGAGAGCGACCCUGAGUUCGUGCAGUGGAAGAAGGAGCUGACCGAAGCGUUCACAGAAGCUCAGAAGCUGCUUCGCCGCGCGCCCAAGGUCAUCGGGAAGGGCCGCGCCGGCGUGGUGGAGCUCUCCAAACCUCCUCUCACACACCGCAACAGCAACGGCCUGUGAAUACACACACAUACACAACCACACAACACAUAUAUAUAUAUAUAUAUAUAUAGAUAUAUAUACAAACACACACACACACACAUUCACAUCUACACACACACACACACACACACUGCAUCCUCCUCCUCCUCAUCAGCUGCAGGACAUUUCCCUCCUCACACCUCGGAGUGUGUACGGACCACCAGCCUCUGACCCACCACACACACACACACACACACACACACACACACACACACACACACACAUUGCAAACACACACACUCGACCAAUCAUAAGCGUGUUUUUUUUGCCAUGGGACCUUGCCAGUUCACCGAGAGGAAGACAGAAACAUUCGGGAGCAUGUGAAGAACCUCUGCAUGAAUGUGACGAGGACAGACGCCCGGUCCUCUCUCUCCCUCUCUCUCUCUCUCUCUCUCUCUCUCUCUCUCUCUCUCUCUCUCUCUCUGGUCUUUCUCUUUACCUCCCUCUCUCUCUCUCCCCCACCUCACUGAAUCUGGAGGCCUGGCGACUAAAGAUCCAAUCAGCUGAGAGGCAUCCCUCUCUCUCUCUCGCUCUCUCUCUCUCUCGGUGCGGAGGAAUGUAUUUUGUGCGAGAGGAGGAGGAGGAGGAAAAAACAAAAAGAUAUUAAAAAAAGCAAAAGUGGCUGCUCUCACUGGCUCUUCUCCUCCCUCCCCUCCGGCCAUCCCUGCCUCCGUUACUGACGUGCAUAAAGUGCCAACAUCAAUAUUUACUUGAGUCACCUGAGCACCCUUGGAGGACCUGCUUGGUGGCGGUUUUAUCGCCCCGGAGGCGGCGGAGGAAGACGAGGAUCAAGACGAGGAGGAGGAGGAGGAGUUUGAUCAUUCCAAUGCAGAAUCAAAACACAGGAAGGACCCUGUGAAGAUUGGCUCCUGUACAGCCGGUUGGGGUGUAACUAUUGUGUGUAUGAAGGCGUACGGAGACGGAGGAGGGCGAGGAAGUGACUCUGAGUGUAUAUAAGAAACCCUUUCUCUCUCUCUGUGCAUCUCCAGUGUUUUAGUCCAACGUGUUUGCAUUAUCGGGGACUUCUCUGUCUGCCUGUUCGUGAAUCUGUCCCGGCUUUAGGAGAAGAAGAAGAAGAAGAAGAAGAAAAGGAAGAAUAGGGGGUGGGAUUAAAGGGAGGGAGGGAGGGAGGGAGGGGAGGAGUCUAACAGCUUUCGAUCACAGCGCUGCGUUACCUCAGUCGGACUGUGUCAGUGUGAAAAACCGCUCCAAGGGGCCCAAAUGUUGCGCCUCCGUGUACGUUUGUGCGUCGCAGCUUUUUUCCGAUUUAAUUCUCACGUGGAGCGUCCUCGAUAGGUUUACAGUUUUCUAGUGAGUUGUGUGAGAGAGGCAGAGGAUGAAAAAGAAGAAGAAGAAGAGCUGAAGCUAAUUAAUUAAAGGAAAACCCCACCCUUAAAGCGACAGUUUGGAUUUAUAAAAGUGAGGUUGUUUGAGGUUAUUUUUUAAUUAUUGUCAGUUUGUUAAUGACGGUAAACGGUGGUUGGCAUGCCCUCAGUUUGGAAAAGAAGUGAACACUAUAUUUAGAAUAUUUUUAACCACUUUAACUUGCCCUGUUUACGUUUCCAGGGAGACUAAAGCAGUAAUCUGUGACACCAGACUCAUUGACAAAAACCUCACAGAA